UCUGGAAGUUUUAUUACUAAGUUCUAGAAUGAUGAAUCAACACUUGAGACAUUGCAUUUGUUUGAUUCCUUUCAAUGGAUAUUUACCUUGAGAAAAACUUAUGACCUUUAACCUUAAAAAUUAAUUUUUAACUUCCAUGUCUAAAGUUCCUCUCAACUCUGCUCAGCGGACACUCAGACCUGCAGACCCCCCUGAGAAGUCACGGCCAUGGCUUCCCGAUGCUGCCCCCUGGCGGUCCUGCUUUUGCAGCUGUUCUGCUCUGGUGGGCUUGGCGGGAAGGUCCUGGUGUGGCCCUGUGACAUGAGCCACUGGCUCAACACCAUGCUCCUGGAGGAGCUCACCAGGAGGGAUCAUGAAGUGACGGUGCUGACCAAGCGCCUGACCACUCUCCUUGAUUACCGGAAGCCUUCCGCGCUAAAAUUUGAGGUGGUCCCCAUGCCAUCUGACAAAAUGUACUUGGAAAAUUCAGAUAAAAAAUUUCUAGACAGUAAUGUUUUGCCAGGCUUACCCUUCUGGCAAUCAGUAAUAAAGGUGAAUGAUUUCUUUAUUGAAAUGAGUGGAUAUUUUAAACUUCUGUGUGAGAGUGUUGUCUACAAUCAGACAUUGAUGAAAAAGCUGCAGGAAUCCAACUAUGAUGUAAUGCUGCCACAUGGGGACCUGAUGGCUGAAUUGCUUGGAGUCCCCUUUGUGCUCAUGCUUAGAACGUCUUUGGGAGGCCACAUGGAGAGAGUGUGUGGAAAACUCCGUUCCUAUGUGCCUGUCCCUAUGUUAGGACUAACUGACAGAAUGACCUUUCUGGAAAGAGUGAAAAAUACAAUGCUUUCUGUUUUCUUUGACUUCUGGAUCCAGGAUAAUGACUUUCAGUUCUGGAAACAGUUUUACAGUGAGGUAUUAGGAAGAUCUACAUUAUGUGAGACCUUGGGAAAAGCUGAAAUGUGGCUAAUACAAACAUACUGGGAUUUUGAAUUUCCUCAGCCGUACUUAAAUAAUUUUGAGUUUGUUGGAGGACUGCACUGCAAACCCGCCAGACCUCUCCCUAAGGAAAUGGAAGAAUUUGUCCAGAGCUCAGGUGAAGAUGGCAUUGUGGUGUUUUGUCUGGGAUCGAUUGUCCAAAAUCUUACAGAAGAAAAAAGUAAUCUCGUUGCUUCAACCUUGGCCCAGAUUCCAUAGAAGAUCAUUUGGUGACACAAAGGGAAGAAGCCAGCCACAUUAGGAGGCAAUACUCAGCUCUAUGAUUGGAUAUCCCAGAAUGACCUUCUUGGACACCCAAAAACCAAAGCUUUUAUCACCCAUGGUGGAAUGAAUGGGGUCUAUGAAGCCAUUUAUCACGGGGUUCCCAUGGUGGGAAUUCCACUAUAUGCUGAUCAGCCUGAUAACAUUGCUCACAUGAAGGCCAAAGGCAUAGCCGUGGAGGUGAACUUGAACACACUGACGAGUACCGAUUUGAUCAGGGCUUUGCAAACAGUCAUUAAUGACCCUUUUUAUGAGGAGAAUGCUAUGAAACUAUCAGGAAUUCACCAUGACCAGCCAAUGAAGCCCCUGAAUGGAGCAGUCUUCUGGAUUGAGUUCGUCAUGUGCCACGGAGGAGCCCGGCACCUGCGGGCUGCAGCCCACGACCUCAGCUGGGCCCAGUACCACACCCUGGACGUGAUUGGCUUCCUGCUGGCCUGCGGGACAGCUGUCAUGCUCGUUCUCACAACAAACUCUGUUGCCGGAAAUUUGCUACCCCAAGGAACAAGGGGAAACAGGAGUAGCUGGAUCCCACAACUGGAGCUGGGAUCCAUAAAGCUCCUUUUCCUUCACAGCAGGGAAGGACGUACAAUCAAAUUGGUCCAGUUUAAUACAGACCUGGUUGUCCUUUUUGGUAAUAAGUGUCACCAUCAAUCAAGUACCACAACAAAUAUUCUCCAGUUUCAGGCAUGA